AUGGAAAAUCGGAUCAGAGUGCGGAUCCUCCGCGGGCUCUCAUCACGGGUGGUCUUGGAAGUGGACAUGGAUCCGCAGUCCACGGUUUUCGAAGUCAUGAUGGCCAUCAAGCGCAAGACAGGCAUGCACUGGAGGCGCCAGCGGCUUCUCUAUGCUUGCAAGGCCUUAGGUGAGGCCCAGAGCCUUGCAGAGAUCACUGAGGGUCCAGAGCUCGAGGUCUCCUUGGUGCAUAUGGACCACUCGAUGUUGGAGCCUAUCUCAGACCGAGAGACACUGCAUGUUAUCCUGAAGCAUGAUGGGGAAGGUCUCAAUUAUGCCACGAAGGAGCUCAAGAAUGACAGGGACAUGGUGCUGGCCGCUGUCAGACAAAAUGGCCGAGCUUUGCGACAUGCCUGGGGGGAUGUUCCGAAUGAUGAGGAGAUCGUAAACUUGGCAAUGGCAAACGACCUCAUGUCCUUCGGUUUUGCAGGGCCUGUUAUGCGCAAAAAUCGAGAUCUGGCGAAGAAGGUUUGCGAGACUGAUGUGAACAUGGUUCGCUAUGUCCAUGGAGAGCUUCUUAAAGAUGCGACUUUCAUGCUGCCGAUUGUUGAAAUGGACGGCCUCAAGCUACAGUUUGUCAAAAAGGCAACCCCUGAGUUGAUCAUGACAGCGGUCAAGCAGAACGGGCUGGCUCUGGAGUUCGUCUCCAGCGUCCUGCGUAGCCAGCCGGUAGUGAUGGCAGCCGUGGCCCAGAACGGUCAUGCCCUCCGCUUCGCGGGGAAGUUUCGUAACCAGGAGGAGGUGGUCCUCAGCGCUGUGGAGCAAGACCCCCAUGCCCUGAAGCAUGUCACAGCAAAGGACCUGGCGCGCUCAGCCGUCAAAACUCAUCCUCAUGCCCUGAAGUUUGCCAGGUCAGAGUUUCUCAACGAUGCUGACGUGGUCUCUGCUGCGUUUGAGGCCGACAAGACUAGCUUGAGGUAUUCCUGCAAAGCAGCAAUGCUUGAGAUGAUCAAGCGCUAUCCAGGUGAGAGCCUCUUAAAAUAUGCCAAAGGCAGCCUCCAAGAGGAUGUUGACGUCCUA